CGAAGGCUCGCGAGGCUGUGAGCAGCCACAGUGCCCUGCUCAGAAGCCCCAGGCUCGUCAGUCAAGCCAGUUCUCCAUUUGCACUUGGCAGUACGGGCAGGCGAGUGGCUCCUAGUUCUAGGAGCAGAGCGGCAGUGCUCCAGUCCUGGUUCCCCAACCCUGAGCCUCGCCUGCCUGCCCAGUGCCAGCAUGGCCACCAUCACCUGCACUCGAUUCACAGAAGAGUACCAGCUCUUCGAGGAACUGGGAAAGGGAGCCUUCUCGGUCGUGCGCAGGUGUGUGAAGGUGCUGGCUGGCCAGGAGUAUGCUGCCAAGAUCAUCAACACCAAGAAGCUCUCAGCCAGAGACCAUCAGAAGCUGGAGCGCGAGGCCCGCAUCUGCCGCCUGCUGAAGCACCCCAACAUCGUCCGGCUCCAUGACAGCAUCUCUGAGGAGGGACACCAUUACCUGAUCUUCGAUCUAGUCACUGGUGGGGAGCUGUUUGAAGACAUCGUGGCCCGGGAGUAUUACAGUGAGGCAGACGCCAGUCACUGCAUCCAGCAGAUCCUGGAGGCCGUGCUGCACUGCCACCAGAUGGGGGUGGUGCACCGGGACCUGAAGCCGGAGAAUCUGUUGCUGGCCUCCAAGCUCAAGGGCGCUGCGGUGAAACUGGCCGACUUUGGCCUGGCCAUCGAGGUGGAGGGGGAGCAGCAGGCAUGGUUUGGGUUCGCAGGGACACCUGGAUACCUCUCCCCAGAAGUGCUGCGGAAGGACCCAUAUGGGAAGCCUGUGGACCUGUGGGCCUGUGGGGUCAUCCUGUAUAUCCUGUUGGUUGGGUAUCCCCCAUUCUGGGAUGAGGACCAGCACCGUCUGUACCAGCAGAUCAAAGCUGGCGCCUAUGAUUUCCCAUCACCGGAAUGGGACACUGUCACUCCGGAAGCCAAGGAUCUGAUCAAUAAGAUGCUGACCAUUAACCCAUCCAAACGUAUCACAGCCGCAGAGGCCCUCAAGCACCCCUGGAUCUCGCACCGGUCCACUGUGGCCUCCUGCAUGCACAGACAGGAGACCGUGGACUGCCUGAAGAAGUUCAACGCCAGGAGAAAACUGAAGGGAGCCAUCCUCACCACCAUGCUGGCCACCAGGAACUUCUCCGGAGGGAAGAGUGGAGGGAACAAGAAGAACGAUGGCGUGAAGAAAAGAAAGUCCAGUUCCAGCGUUCAGUUAAUGGAAUCUUCGGAGAGCACCAACACCACCAUUGAGGAUGAAGACACCAAAGUGCGGAAACAGGAAAUUAUAAAAGUGACAGAGCAGCUGAUUGAAGCCAUAAGCAAUGGAGAUUUUGAGUCCUACACGAAGAUGUGCGACCCUGGGAUGACAGCCUUCGAGCCUGAGGCCCUGGGGAACCUGGUGGAGGGCCUGGACUUCCAUCGAUUCUAUUUUGAAAACCUGUGGUCCCGGAACAGCAAGCCUGUGCACACCACUAUCCUGAAUCCCCACAUCCACCUGAUGGGUGACGAGUCGGCCUGCAUCGCCUACAUCCGCAUCACGCAGUACCUGGACGCUGGAGGCAUCCCCCGCACCGCCCAGUCAGAGGAGACCCGCGUCUGGCACCGCAGGGAUGGCAAAUGGCAGAUCGUCCACUUCCACAGAUCCGGGGCACCCUCCGUCCUGCCCCAUUGAAGGACCAGGCCGGGGUCGCUGCGCUGCUGUGUCGCAGGGAUCCACUCUUUGUCCGUGGAAUGUGCUGCUGGUUCUCCCACUGGAUUUUGCUGGAAUUCUCUCUACCACCUCACCCCGACACCGCCACUGUCACUCUGCACCUGCAUCGAGGAAACCCGCUUGUUCACGGAGAGCAUCACAACUUCGUGACAAACGGCCAGAUCUCCCCGCCCGCCUCACUUGUUCUCUCCCUGCCAAGGCAGGACCUCGUGGGCUUGGGUGCCCAGGGCGCUGGCCCCGGAGACCCCCAACUUCCACCCAGCUGUCGUGGGCCCGGUCUGGCCUUGGCUAUAGGCUAGACUGCCUCAGCUGUGGGUUCACCAGGGUCAAGAGAAGGAGGGGUGGAUGGCACAGACGGCCGGCCUUCUCCUGGAUCUCAUUUGGGGUCCCUGGGGAAGGGCAGAUAGCCCCCCCAAAAACUGCCCCAAGCUAAUCUCCCUGUGGGAGAGGGAGAGAGGAGCAGAUGCCAGGAGCCCCUUGCCUUGAACUGCUGCUCUGAUUCUCCCCAUGCCCGUGCUGGCCUCGUGGUGUCUGCUGACCCUCCCCACCUGCUGCCCGCCACCCGCCACAGUGUGGGGAGCUCAACCCCGUCAGCUGUCCCCACCGCAGCCCUCCGACACUGACCCGCUCACCCACCUUCCCAUCCAUUACCCCUGGAGAAUUUCAGCUCUGUCCAGUCUGAGAGAAGAAAUCUGAUGGUGUUUCAGGGGCAAAAGAAAGCACCGUUUAGGUAUCUCUUCUACUUGGACCGCAUGCCUUUUUAUAGCCAGACUUCUGUGUAUUUCGUAAAUGGAUUUCACGUUAAUGGAUAUUUAUGUAAUAACUAGACCUCUCGACUUAUUGAGGACGGUUGGGUUGGGAAGAGGGGUUGGAAGAAGGGAUGAGGGGUAGUUUUUAUUUUGUUCUACAUUUUUUUUGGUCAUUUCUGAGGUGGACCUUGUCCCCAGUGGUUAUCUGGGGACCUGACCCCAGGAAGCAUGGCCUCUCUGCCAUCGCUUGCCAUGGCCCCGAGGUAAGCCCGUGCGGGGCUUCCCCCCGGGACUACGGAAGCCUCGAGAGGUAGUGUGACUUACAGCGGCAAGGCAGGAGAGGGAGGGGUGGUCAGGAUGGAGGUGUCUGGGCUCCGCUUUGCUUCUCUUGCAAGGUGGGGUCCUGCCCAGGAUUCCAUUCCGCCGUGUCUGUGUGCCACCCCCAGCCCCUCUGGGGCGGCCCACAAGCACGUGUCGCAGUCGCCUUGCUCUCUUUGGCCUCCGAUGGGAAUCUCAACUUUUCACACCUCGCGCUGCCCCUCGGGUUUGCAGCGUCCCUCUCUCCACCCCUCCCUUGUCCUCUGCCCCUGGGUUGGCCCCGACGUGGAAUGCCUUGGCCCAUCCGCAAGGAGCUCCUGUCUGCAGUUUUCUUUGCAUGACUUUAUAUGCAGUAAGUAUGUUGAAAAAAAAAGAAAUGAAAAACAUUCAACAAAUCAAUCUAUAUGUUUUGGACAAAAAAUGAAUACUAAUAGAGGUUGUAUUCUCAAUGUCCGACUUGGAAUUAUGUUGCUGCCUCUCUGUGCUUUUGGCCUCUGUGUGGCCGUGUUUUGCCAGCAUGAGAUACUGUCCCCUCUGGAGGAUUUUAGGGGAGGAAGAGCCACAUCCCUAGGGUUCCAGGGGAACCUCUGGUUCCCCUGACCCUCCUGGGUAUUGUUUGGAGCAGAACUGGUGGGAAUGUUUAAUCCAGAACUUUCUGAGUCUCCCCCCCGAAUCACGAGCUGUCUGUUGGGCUCUUUUCUCAAGUCCUGCUGCCCAGGGACAGGUGAGACAGGCCAGGCUGCAGGCCCAGGAAAGUGGCCGCCCAGGCCUCUGGUUUCUAAGCUGGCCCAUCACUGGCCUCUGUCCUCGGCAGAGAUCCUGCUUCCCAGGCCCAAGGGUGGGUUCUCAGCCUAACCCUGGCCCAGAGGGCUCCUCAGUGAGGCCCAGUGAUCCCAUUGUCCCAGCAGAAAAGCCACCUGUCCCUCUGCGACCUGCCAGGUCCCUGUGGCUAUCCCCAGCCAAACGUGAGGGUAUGGCUUCACCCGGGGAUGCUGAAUUACCGAGCCUGCUCUGGUCCCUUCCUCAGCCUGUUUCUCUGUCAGUUAAAGGCGGGUUAAGCACCCCUACCCAGGCUGACGGAGGAUCAAAUGGAUGGUGAACAUGAAGCCCAGGACACCUGUGAGAAUUUACAGGGCUUGCCAUUGGCUGGCCUCCUGUUUGCUUCUAGGCUUGGCCCAUCCCCAUCCUCUCCCCUGCUGGCCUUUCUUUCCCCUCUUUGGUGCCUGUCUGCUGCUUUUCAGCCGUGGACUGCAGGGGAAAGAGAAAUGGUUGCAGGGCUCGCAGGCUUUAGCUGUCAGCACUGACUAGACUUUCUGUGUGACCUUGGACGAGUCCUCUCCCCUCUCUGGACCUUGGUUUCUUCAUCAGAGGAAACCGGGCUGUAGGACCCCAAUGUCCUUUCACUGGCUGAUGCACCUCUUGUCCACUGUGUGCCUCUCCAUGUGCUAGAGAAGUCAAGGCAGGUCCCCACCACGGGCUAAGAGAGCCCCACUACACAGGCCACUCCUGUGGGUAGGCAGCCACCUGGUGUCAGCCCCAGGGCACCAUGGUGACUUGCAGACAACAGGCAGGGGACGCUGGCAGGAAAAAGCUGCCCAGAGCCCAACCUCACCAGACAAGCUCUGUGCUCCUCGUGAACACCCUUUAGAUGCAAAAAAUCCAGACCCGAGUCAAAACCCAGGCUCCAGCAUGCAACUCCAUUUACAGGAAAGUGCUCUACUAGUUUGCGCUACUGCAGCGCAAAUCCUGACCCAGGGCCUCCUGUCUCCCUUGAAAGGGAGACCCUUUGGGGGAUGUGUUUGCCAGACUCCCCAUGCUGGUUUCUUUGUUAUUAUUUGUUUGGGGUUUUGUUUCAGUUGUUUCUUUUCUUUUUUUAAAAUACGUGGCUGUGAACUUGAAUGACCACUGCUCAAAAUUUCUGCUAUUGGGGGGUGGGAGGGAAGAAGGGGUGUCUGUUUUAUUCUUGGUGUUUUCAGUGCAAUAAAUAGCUACAAAAUCCUGUGCA